UCAAAGCAUUUGUGUUCAGUGCUGCGAUUACCCACCCCCGAACGUUCGCCGCCGCCCUAGCGCCUUCAGACAUAAUUUUCAGUCACGUGCGGCCGCAUUCUGAUCGCCGAGCAUCCUAGGUGGCCAUCUCCACGACAGAAGACACAGCACGGGGAAGACUGUUUCUACAAGCUUAGAAAUGCACUCCACGACACUCCUGCUUCGUCAUGUUGAUUGGUUUGUCAGUAGCUAUGUGGGUCUGACCCGAGGCAGAUCCCGGCCGCUUCGUUGCGUCACCACCAAGUAUGCACUUUGAAGACCCAUCAUACUGACAUGCCUAUAAAUUUGAACAGCCCCGCCAUGAUGGACAAUGCCGUAUCUACGCUCUCGGCAGAUUUUCAGCACUCAUUACCUUCUUAAUCACCAGAUACCCGUAACACCCUACUAUAAACAUAAUGGCGCCAUCAACAACGAAGCAGUGGACGAUUGAGGGCAAGAGCGGUUUCGACGCACUGAAGCUCAAUGAGAGCGCAUCAAUUCCUAAGAUUGGCGAUAAGGAUGUUCUCGUCAAGAUCAAUGGAGCAUCCCUCAACUACCGCGACCUUAUCAUCCCCAAGGGCAAGUACCCUUUCCCCGCGAAGGACGGAGUUGUCCCAGGCUCGGAUGGCGCUGGUGUCGUUGAGUCCGUCGGUAGCGGCGUCACACGCUUCAAGAAGGGCGACCGCGUCGUGACUCUCUUCAACUCCGGCCACAUCGCCGGCUCCCUCGACGCCUCCUCUCUAGCAACCGGCCUCGGCGGCGCCAUCGACGGUACACUGCGCGAGUACGGUGUCUUCGACGAGCAGGGCCUCGUCGCUGCGCCCAAGAACCUCAACGACCUCGAGGCUAGCACAUUGUCCUGCGCUGGACUCACAGCAUGGAACGCGCUGUACGGCUUGGAGAGCAGGGCGCUGAAGCCCGGACAAUGGGUCCUCACACAGGGCACUGGCGGUGUAUCGAUCUUCGCCCUCCAGUUCGCCAAGGCUGCCGGUGCGCGCGUCAUUGCUACCACAUCCUCGGCGUCGAAGGCCGAGACCCUCAAGAAGCUCGGUGCUGACGAGGUCGUCAACUACAAGGAGAUACCGAAGUGGGGCGAGAAGGCCAAGGAGCUGACCGGUGGUGUCGGUGUGCAGCACGUUGUCGAGGUGGGUGGACCGACUACAAUGGCACAGUCACUCAAGGCAAUCGCGAUUGAUGGUGUGAUCACCAUCAUUGGCUUUAUCGGUGGCAUGGAUAAGAACCAGCCCACGUUCCUCGAGACCCUAAACAACAUCUGCACAGUCCGCGGUAUCCUGGUUGGAAGCAGGCUGCAGAUGCAGGACAUGGUCAAUGCUAUUGAGGCCAACAACAUCCACCCCGUUGUCGACGAGAAAGUCUUCGACCUCAAGGAUCUCAAGGAGGCUUACGAGUACAUGUGGGACCAGAAGCACUUUGGCAAGCUCACCAUCAAGGUAACGUCGUAAAUGUGCUGGUCGGGUGAUAAGGAAGUACACUUAAUGAGAUAGAUUACGAGCAUAUACACAAGACUACAAUGACAUGAUUAGUUUUUAU